CAACUGCUGGAGAAAUGUCAUCUGCGGUGGAUGAUGAUGAUGUGUUUACAAGUUCCAAUGAUCACGAAUUUCUACGGUAUGUUCAGUUUGUUCGCUAUCCCAAAUCCCAAAUAAUUGACCCCAGCCAGUAAGUAGCCACCCCCCCCCCAAUGCAAAGACAUUCCACACCGAAAAUGACGAUCGAAGAUCGUGUUGUCGCCCAAUUGAACACGGAACUGGGUCCGGGUUUCAAUGCGCUGACCAAAAGCGAUGAACUGGUUCGGAGUUACCGUGCUGAUCUGGACCGAUUGGCCACAAAAUUAACGCUUAGUGAUGAGAGCUGUGCCCCGGAGCUGAAGAAUGCGGUGCAAUCUUGCUCGUGGAAGUACACCGAACUGGAGGAAGCGGCUGACAAUCUCGAGGCGUACGAGGAGAAACUGCUCGAGACGAUCGAUCGGCACAGUGAGGUGAUGUCACGAAUCGAUGGGCAUUUGAAGAAGAUAAAGAAGUUGGAGAAUAUGAAGGAGUAUUUUCUGAUUUUGCUGGACAUCCAGAAUAUUGGCCAAGAGCUGACGGUCACGGUCAAUGGGAAAGAUGAGAAUAAAACGAUUAGUUUGUACGUUGCUUUGAGUGGGAAUUUGUCGAACAGUAUUUUAGAUCGAUUGCAGGGGGUUGAGGCACCACAUUUGAAGAUGUAUGCUAGGAAUACUGCGUUCUAUUGGCACGAUAUUUUGAAGGAAAAGUUUUCCAAGGAAUUCGAGGCCAUUUUGAAGACCAUAAAAUGGCCCAACUUGAACCAAUCUUUGGAAACAUUCAAUCCUUCCAAGGAGAAUAUUAGCAAAUUGAUUAUCCUGGCGGAAUAUCUGUUCUUAGUGAAAGUACCUGGUGAUCAAAAUUUGUUGAACGUUAAACUCACUCCGUCAAUUAUAUGUCCUCCAUUCACUACUGUUACGGAAUUGUUGCUUAAACCAUUCCGACUAAGAUUCCAAUUCCAUUUCUCCGGAAACAAGCAAACCAAUCGUUUGGAUAAACCGGAAUGGUAUUUCACACAAAUUUUGUCAUGGGCAAAGGAAAAUCAUGUGUUUGUAGGACAAAACUUCCAGAGUGCAGCUCUCAGGGCUGGUGUCACCAACCAUAAUGUCAGGCUGGAGUUCAUACGCGGUCUCGUGCAGUUGGCCAUCGAAAAGCUGGUGGGAGACAUCGAUUCCAUAUGUCAGGAGGAGACAGUAUUUGCACAUCUCAUUGAUGAAGUGCUUGCGUUCGAACAGGAGCUGAAGAGUACCCUCGGGUACCCUACCAGUCUUCCGAGCGCAAUAUCUGUGCUGAUUCAACCCAAAUAUUUGGUGAAGUGGAUGGCGAUUGAGGAAAAGUUUACAACCGACAAAAUGGACGCAAUGUUGAAAAGUGAUGACCCGUGGCGCUUCCUAGAUCCUGCCAAUUUGGACGAUAUGAAAAUUCCUAAGUGUGCGGAUCAGUUUAUUUGUCUUCUGGACGCUAUCAAGGAACGAUAUUGUGCCCUUCCCCAGCCAGGACAGCAAUUACAAUUCCUGGAUCUUCAGCUCAAACUGAUUGAUAAUUUCCGUCGCCGGUUAGUGCAGUUGCACAACAGUCCCGGAACGGAUCGUGUGAGCUCAACUAAAAUUCUCAACGCCAUCAAUUAUAUUACCUCAGUUCUCCAAGAGUGGGGUGAAAAUGUCCACUAUCUUCACCUACAUGCCGCUCUGUAUGGUCCGCACACAGACGAAAUAAGUUCCGUGUUUGACAAAACAAUCGAAGAGCUGGACCAUUGGCAAAAUACUUUGGUGAGGAAUCUCUCCUCUCGCGUGGUGGAUGAAGUGAAGGCAAAGUCGAGAUCCUAUCGGCACGACAUAUGGCCCAUCAUUGACCAGCUGGACACGAAGGAAACCUUCAUGCUGUCCGCUACGUCUAGCGAAAUGUUUCAGGUUCUGGUGAACAAUCUGCACAACCUGGAGAGUGAGUUGUCUUCUAACGUAUUCUCCAUUGCGAUACGUCUCAUCGCUCUCCAGCUGGAUGAGUGGUUGAUAGAUGGAAUGGUGAUGAACACUAUGUUUUCGACGGGUGGAGCGCUUCAGUUUCAGUAUGACAUGACAAGGAAUCUGUUUGCGCUGUUUGGUCAGUACGCACGAAAACCGAGCUUGCUGUUCAAAAGAAUCAACGACACCUGUCUAUUGCUUACGCUACCUCUCGGAUCGGCCUUGCUUUUGCAUGAGACUGUCUCCUCCGAACAGUCGGAGGAAGCAGUGACGAGCACACUGAAAGAGAUGGGCCUAAUGAUACUUCGAAAACCUAUGGUCUUGGAAGUGUUGGAGAGGCGAAAUGAUAUUGCACAUUCCUAAUUUGGUGUAAUACCUCAUUCGUGUUGAAAUUAUUGUCAUCAUCAACCAAAUGACUAUGACUGGAAUGGCAAUUGUUCAUGUCAUACCCAGAUCCUGAUUUGUCGAUUGAAAAUGAUGUGUACGUUUCUUUAUGUUUGUUAAUAAAUUGAUUGUGGUGUAUAUACAGUAA